AGUGAGUCCCAGAAAAUAUUUAAUGGACAUUAACUUAACUUUAAGUGAAUUUAUUCAAAGAGUGAAAUAAACCGUAUGACAUGUUUAACGAGUUUUUGUAUAAUAACUAAAAGCCUUUUAAAUCCAAAAUUGAAUUCUUUUGCAAUAAAUAUAAGUUUCACGAUGUAAAGUUGCAAAGACAUAAUUAUAAAAAAAUGUGCACAGUCUUGAUGAAAUAUUCUAAUUUAUUUGUUCAAAUAUCAUAAAAAACACAAUUAAAAAAAAAGUCCAUAGACAAAAUGAGUGAUAAAGUUUCAACAAUGGAGGACACGAAAAAUGAAGAUAAGAAACCGAUUGGACCUGAGGAACUUAGAAAAAUGCACCAAACCUUGAGUGAUUUCUACCCUGUAGCAUAUCUUAAUGCUUGGGCACAAGGAGUCAGAGAGGAGUGGGCUGAAUUCUUGGAUAGAGUAUUCUCCUCCUAUAUACCUGAAUAUCUCCUACAGGAGUUCCCAGAUAAUGGAGGUGGGCCGACUAUACUGGAUCUAGGAUGUGGUCCAUCUAUUUGCAACAUUAUUUCAGCUUCAAGAGUAUCAAAAAGAAUAUACCUUGCUGAUUUGCUUGAAGGGAAUAGACGAGAGUUAAAAAAGUGGUUAAACAGUGAGGACGGGUGCUGGAACUGGGACCCAUACUUUAGUUUUCAGGGUGUAUUAGAGCUCAAUCCAAAUGUUACCGAAAUCGAAGAUCGAGUAAGGAAAAAUAUAAAAUCUGUUCUACCAUGUGACCUCUCUACCUCACAAGUAUUCACCAGCGAUAUCGGAUUGACACCAUUCGAUAUAUUGAUCUGCUCCUUAGUGUGGGAUGUGGUAGCAGUGAAUACGGAGCAACUAGAAACUGUGAUAAAUAGAAGUUUAAAUUGGUUAAAAGAAGGCGGGUUACUUAUAGUUCAAGGCUCGUUACACGAGGAGAGGUAUACUGUUGGAAGUGCAAUGUUUCCUGUGCUAAAUAUUGACAAGGAAACACUGUUCAACGUGUUUGAAAAAUGUGGUUUAAAGGUUGUGUUGUGGGAAACAAGAACCAAGGGAUCAACUCAUUAUUUCACCAUUUUAAAAAGAAAAUAAAACUGAAAUUAUCAUGGUA